AGGAAAUAUGCAUGGACCUGAAAGGGUUAAGCAAAAAAUCACUGCUUGCUGCAAUAACAUAGCGCAAAUAAACACAUAAAGGUUUCUGUUUACAUACUACGCAUCCGCAUUUGGGCACUCGCGAUUAGGCAUUGGCCCUUGACAUAGCAGUCAAACGAGCGGAACAACCUCAUCAUUAUUGACACGUACGCAUAAUAAAAAGCCUAACAGCGUCUGAUGCGUCGACGCGCUGCCACUGCAGGCAUUCACCACAACCUAGUACGCCACCUCCAAUGAAACUAUCCUCGUUGCAUCAAAUUUGGCAGUAGGCCUAGCAAUUGUGCGUGUAAUUGAGUGGAACUGACUGCGCUUAGAACUAUUUUUUUUAUUAAUAAAACUCACGGAAUCAAAUUUAUUGCGCCAAAGUAUAAAAGCUGAAAAGCGUUGACACUUCCAUUGCAUUCUUACGAUCAAAUCCAAGUGGCAAGGUGUAGCCAGGCAGCAGCGGUAGCAGAAACUCAAUCAUUAAACUUCUUCGCAACAAAAUGUUCAGGUACACCACCCUCUUGGCCUUAAUAUUUGCCACCACUUUGGCAACAACUCACGCUGAGCCACCACGUUUCCGUGCAGCGCUUCGACGGCCACCCAAUCGCUUUCUGGCACGCCAAGAGGCUGAGGUGACCGAUAGUGCUGCACCAGAGGUCGCGCCACCUGCAGCGGAGGCAGAUCAGCCAGCGCCCUAUCCGCCAGCUGGCGUCACGCCAGCUAUUCCCUUUGAUUUGCCAACGGAGGCAGAGGCACCUGCGCCGGAUGAAGUUUAUGGCCCGCCAGAGGAGGAGCCAACACCCGAUCCCACCUAUGGGCCACCAGAGGAAACUACCACUUUGGCUGCGCCUGCCGUCGCCCCCGCUGAUGGUGAUUUAGUAUCGCAAAACUUGGUGCAGCCGCGUCAAAGAGUUGCAUUGGCCAAGCAACGCGGUCUGGUGCGCUCGCAGCCGCUCUUGUUGCAAGCUGUGCCCGCUGCAGGUGCGGCCGGUGUUGUGGAGCUGGUGCGCGCGGAACCGGGAGUUAUUUACAUUUUGAAAUAAGCGUUGGAGGAGGAAGUGGGAGAGGAGCAGUAAAGUUAAGACGAUUCACGGGAGGCGUAGUACGAUAUCAUUCUUUUUGCAAUUGUUUUCUACUUUUUGAAG